CGGGCACGGCUCCCGCGCCGAGUCCACCCCAGGCCGAGCGGGGGCCGGGGGCCGCCCGGGCAGGCCAGCAGCAGCCGAGCUCACCGGGCCUUGGUCCAAGCCUGCCGGCUGUAAACUUCGCAAUGUUUGUGAGAGCAGCUAGCACUGAUGGACGAGAAAAUCCCUAAAUCCCAGGAUUUUUGACUCCUUUAUUUUAGCAGCGCCCGCUUUACCGCUCAGGCAGUGUCCGGGACGUGGGUCUGCAAAGGGGUCGUGCCCACCCGAGCUGGACAAGCCUGUGGCUGCUAAGUCACUGCCUUACCCUGGCGCCUCCUCUGCUUUGGAGGAGAUUGUGAUGUUCGCGGUUAAGGCAUAGCUGAUGGGGCAGACGGUGGUUGCGAUUCGGAAUCUUUUGCUAUAUUGAAAAAGAAACAUGGGAAAAUCACUUUCUCACCUGCCAAUGCAUACCUGCAAGGAAGAUGGCUAUGAUGGAAGCUCAGUGUCUGAUAACGUGAGGAACGGUUUAGUUCACUCGGAAGUGCACAAUGAAGACAGCAGAUGUGGAGAUGUAUCCCAGUUUCCGUAUGUGGAAUUUACAGGAAGAGACAGUGUGACCUGCCCAACCUGCCAGGGAACAGGAAGAAUUCCACGAGGGCAGGAAAAUCAGCUGGUAGCACUAAUUCCAUACAGUGAUCAGAGACUGAGGCCAAGAAGAACAAAGCUCUAUGUGACUGCUUCUGUAACUGUGUGUUUACUACUUUCUGGGCUGGCUGUAUUUUUCUUGUUUCCUCGCUCAAUUGACGUUCAGUACAUUGGUGUGAAGUCAGUAUAUGUCACUUACGAACAGGAUAGACGGAUAAUCUAUCUAAAUAUUACAAACACACUGAAUAUAACGAAUAACAACUAUUACUCUGUUGAAGUGGCAAAUAUCACAGCCCAAGUUCAGUUUUCAAAAACAGUUAUUGGCAAGGCACGGUUAAACAACAUCACCAACAUUGGUCCACUGGAUAUGAAACAGAUUGAUUAUAUGGUGCCUACAGUCAUACAAGAUGAAAUGAGCUACAUGUAUGACUUCUGUACUUUACCAUCUAUCAAAGUACAUAACAUUGUAGUGAUGAUGCAAGUGACAGUGACAACCUCGUACUUAGGCCACCCUGAGCAAAUAUCCCAGGAGAGAUACCAGUAUGUGGACUGUGGAGGAAACACGACCUACCAACUGGGCCAGUCAGAAUAUUUAAAUGUCCUUCAGCCUCCACAGUAAAAGCACCUGUUGUUUGGUGUGGAAUGACUGCUGUUGGUGCUUGCAGAGAUCCUUUGGAUAGAACUGGUACUACAUGGAAUGGAGAGUACAUGUAAUGUACAGCAUAGCAAACAUUGAGAUCUGUUCACUUUAGAUGCAGGGAGGGAAAGGUGCAAAUUGUAAAUAGGUGCACUUGUUAAAUGUUGUGUUUUCCCCUUCUGUUUGCUUUCUGUUACUGUGAGCACUUCUGUCAAGUUGUGUGGUGGGAGGGAGAGGGGGAAUAUCAGAUUCUUGAACAGAACUGGGACUUUUCCUUACAGUGUGGUACAUCAACUUAGAGUAACUGUGUGUAUGUCUAUGUUUAGGUGAAAUGUGUCACUAAUGAGAAUUUUAAAAAAAUAAUACUCAUAAAUUUUAAGUUUAUACUUCAGUUCUUGAUAUUUGACUAUUGAAAAUGAAGUAUUACUACUUAAAUAACAAGAUUACUUUGAGGUGUCUAUUAGUGAAACUUCUGUUAGUAACCCAGUGGCAAUUGUUCUUUAUUUUGGGAUUCUACACUUUAUUUGCUAUCCAUGAUUAGAGGUGACAUCCAGUCUAUGAAAGCCAGGAAAGCUCUCUUGGAUGACACAAUAGUUGAAUGUGCGGUUUCUAGAAUCUGGCAUCUUUUCAUUCAUAUUCCCUCUUGCUACCUCUGGGAUGUUAUAAGGAGAAUAUAUAUUGUUAUAUUUAAAGCUGGAUUUAAAACUAAACAAAAAACAACCCCCACAACAAUUACUGACAAAGGAAAAAAAACCAAGAGUCUAGAAAAUGAACAAGACUUUACCAGUCUGUUUUUUAGUAAACUUUUUAGAACAGGUAUUAAAAUCAAGAUUGUGCGGUUGGAACUAGGUGGGAAACUUUGAGCAUGGGUUUGGAGAGCUUGGUGUAAAUUUUUGUGAUUUUUACUGUUUUAAUAUAUUAUGCAUCUAAGCGACUUUUAAGUGUUAAUAUGUUGGGUUGUGUUUAUUUCUUGCACAGGCUCAUUAAGCAAAUGCAGUAGUUAUCUGUACUUACAGAGCACUCAAAGGUCACAUCAAAGUUAUGUAAGGGAAGAUGAAGCAAUUCUUUCUGUUGGAGUACAUGCUGAUGUAAUUAUGAGAUUACUGACUGAUAGCAUUAAAUAGUUUCUGUAGCACAGUUUGCACAUGCGAAUUUCUGGGGUAAUUGUGAAUCAUGAUGAGUAUAAACUUUGGGUCCAAAGUUGUCUGACACCUCAAGGCUGACUGUUCUAAGGGUUAACUUUUUAAUUGGCUAGAUCAGGAUUGUUUUGUUUCUGAAUUAGGUAAGAUGCAGCUGUAAGAACAUACUAUUGAGACUGUUGCGUUGUAAUGAAUGAUGUAUUUUUUAAAAUAGGUAUUACUGGUUUUAUGCUGCCUAUCUCCUGGAAAUAAGCUACACAAAAUGAAUUUGCAAUAAACACUAUGGAAAAAGGCUUCUGAGUAACUUGCCACUAACAAUCUCUGAUGCUCCAGUACUUCAGUGAAGAUACGUCUUCAUUACUCUUUUCUUUACUAGCCUCUCUUAGAUGGACCUAAGGGGAUGGGUGGGGAAAAGAAUGUGGGUGAUGUAAGACUGAUUUAAAAGGCAUUAAGUAACCAUAAUAAACCCCCCACCCUUCUCUAUUUGAAUUGCUAUGAGCAUUUACUCUGACAGUCUAUGAAAACUUUUGGAACCUCAUCUGUCAGUUUCAUAUAGUUGUUGAUAAGAUGAAGACUUUAUCUUUUGCCUUUAGAGAACUUCUGUAACUGGAGUAGUCAAUUCAAAUGACUUAUUGUAGUUAUAUUCUGAAUAUUGUUCUUGAUUUUGGGCCCUUAAAAGUAAAGAGUCUUUAUUACAACUCGAAGUCAUGAGGGAAACUAGUUCAUAGUUGACUCACCUUUCUAGAGUUUAGAUAAGGUUCAGUCCUGUGGCUGCUGAAAUGUGUGUGUGAGCUCAUCUGAUAGCCUGAAAAGAUACAGGUGAUAACUAAAGACCAGGAGAGUGGGGAGCUGGCUAGGAGCAGAGAGGUAAACUCAUGUUACCUGUUGUAGAAAAAUAUGCUGAUAAUGGAGAGUAGGGAGAGAAUUCUGGUUUAAAUCAUAUCAGAACUGAAGUCUGCCAGCAAGUCACACAGGCUCUUUUCUUCUAGGCUUAAAUAUUUACACACUAGAGUGUUGUUUUUGUUUGGCAGUUGUUUGUUUUUUUGAAAUAGAAAAAGAAGGAAACAGCUGUAGGCAGAUAGUUACAUUGAUUUAAAACAAAUUUUUCUUCCAAGGAUGAAAGGUAAUCUAAAAUAACUGGAAUGGUGGAAUUAUUUGGUGACAGUAGUGAAUGCUGCUUUUGAACUAGCAUGGCAGGGGGGAAGUUACACUUUAUGCAAUGUUGAGAUGCAAACUGACUUCUGAAAUUUUGGUGGACAUGCUGAGCAAGAUCUAUACGUAAAUCUGUGGUUCUUAACCUUGCAUGAAGUGCUUGAAAUUCGCUGAUUUAAAUUAAAGAAUUGAGUGGAAUUAUUUUUUCCAUGUAUGUGUCGGAAGGGGGAAGAUAAAACUCAGUUUUUGUCAUCUAGGAUAUCUGUAACAUCAAAUUCUGAUAGACUUACUGAAUGAUGAAGUGUUCUCAUCUUAAGAAACAAAUUGUGGGUUAAAGAUCCUACUGAAUUCUCAAAUUAAGUCAGUAAUGGGAGAAUAAAAGGCUUUACGUUCCAAGUGCUAGUAUGCCCUUGCACAAAUGUCAGCAUAUUACUAACCAAAUAAGGCAAGUAUUUAAAUUUAUCUACUGAUUUUAAUAUAACAUCUCAUCACAUAAGAAGGUAGACAUCUGUGUGAAUAUUUAACUUAAACUUGCUUUAUGUGACUGAGCUUGGAAACAUGCUAAGGGAGCAAGGGAACUCAGUAUUAACUUGUAUAACUUUGUAAACGAGGUAUCAGUAUAGAUCCAAGUAAUAGAUCUUUCAUUUUUUGCAUUCAUUUUAUCUUGAUUUAAAAAAAAAAAAAGGCAAGCCUUUCAGUUCAGUUGUAAAUCAGUAAGUACAAUUCUCUCUAGAAAGUCAGCUUGAAAAAUUACAAUCUUUUUCCUGGUUUAUCUUCUGUGUGUCUUCUGAAGUGAUCCAUAUUUCAUGUGUAACUUCCCCUAGUCUUCAAAUGCUAUCAAAUACCUUUAUACUGGUAUUGCAGUGUGUUUAUUUCUGGUAGAAUUCUUUUCACUUGAAUGCUUUCUAGCAGUUCCUUUACCAAAACCUGUUGCACUUUAAAAUGGAAACUCUGUUAUUUCUUAAAAUAGUAAGAAACAUAGUCCAGAUGCUGCACUGUAAUGGCACUAUUAAAAAUCAGCUUAAUAUAUUCUGUUUAGAAUAACUGUAAAAUUUCAAAAUUUUAACUUAAGUAAGUAUGGAACACUUAAAUGCAUAAGAAGGUUAACUAUUUGGCCAUUGGAGAACAAAAUUAUUGUACAUUUCAAAUACACUGCUUUAAAAAUGAAUGAAUAACCAUCCAAGAUCCAAACAAUCUAAGAUCUAACCAUCAAAUAUCUGUUUGGAGAGAUUGAAAGGGAGGCACUCUUACUAAAAGAUGGAAGACUGACAUUCUUGAAUUCCUGGUGUGGGAAAAAGCCUGUUAAAGCUCAUUCGUUAUUUCUUUACUCAUCUCGAUGUUUAGGGGAUGGUUGCUUAAUUCUUAAUCUUUUGUGAAGACAAACCAUAAGUAUGUUUUUCCUUUGUGGUAUAACUGACGUUCUUAAUGCACUUCUGAUGUGUGCAUGACCUUGAUAGUAACUUGUAGUUAUAUUUUGCAGCCUGGCGUUGGCAGAUUUGAGUACAUGCUUUAGUUGACUUUGCUUCAAAUUGUCCUUGAAGUUCUGCAAGUGAAUAUAUUUUUUCAUAGUAGUACAUUGCAAACAGCCUGGGCUUUUCAGCAUGUGUUAUAUAAAGGAACCAUUUAAACACCGAACUCUAAGUGCUUGGAUUGAACCAUGAGGGUCUUUAACCUGACUGAAGUGUUGUGCCCUCAUGAUGGAAAGGAUGGUGCUUGGAGUGGUAUGAGAGAAAAUUUCUCUAUUUAGACAAUAUUAAAAGAGAAAUAACAUUAUUUCUUAUUCAGCAUUUAAAGUUUCCUUUUUUAUUUCCUCCUUUUUUUGAGGGGUGGUAGUUGUGGUUUUGUUUUUCUUCCCAUCCCCCAAGUCUAUAGUGAGACAUCUGUCUGUUCCCAGACAGCACCUUGUGAAAUGGGUGACUUGUUUCAGAGUUGGGCAGCUGCAGGAAGCUUCACAUCAGCUGAACUGGACUUGUAGAGUUAAGAUAUGAGAAAGACUAGCAAUGGUAGCUCUAAGAACUAAAUUUUGUACUUGCUGGUCUAACAAAAUGCCACAACCCUUGUAAUGCUUCCCGGCUUUCCACUACUCAAAGGGAAGGAUAAAUAAUGCAAGUACAACCAAUAUACUUCAGCAAUGGACUGCUUGCAACCAGCAAAAUAUUUGUUAGUGAUGGCCCUGGUCAUGCCAAAAAGUCUAAUUUUUUUUCUUUUGGCCUGGGGAAGGAGGAAUAGAUCCCAGCCAAAAGAUGUUGAGAAGAAUUAUUUGGCUGUGGCAAACACCCAGUGUUUGUUGCAUUUUAGAAGUCACCUUUCUAUUUUAUGUUUAGCUCGGGAAUUCUGAUCAUUACCAGAGGGGUAUUUUGGGGUAGUUCUGCUACCUACAGCUUUUGCUGUGUAAAUCUGCUUUUCCACAGGUAGUCAGGCCUGUUGGCCAGGAACAGCAGUCUGCAUGGGAUCUGCACACUAAGUGUGGAGAGCCCUGCAGUUUGGUGGGAGACUGUUCAGUGUGGGAGUAAGGUCCUGGUGCUCAUACUCUCCUCUUCCACCAGCCAUCACAAGGGUCCUACAACUUGGAUGCAUAUGUUUCCUGGGGACUGAAACUGCUUUUGCUUUGCAUGGGCCAGGAUGCUUAGUACCACACAUGUAAGCGUAUUAUGGUGCCUGAGUAUUUUGGAUCUGACUGACUGUGAUUUAGUUCUUUUGUUUGUUUUAAGGAAGCAAAUUUAACUACUGUACAGAGUGUGCAUAUAAUAGCUUGAGAUAUGUAUAGAAAUACUAAUGAGUGAUAACUAUUUUUGUAACUUAAGAUGUUCCUGUAACUGUGUAGCAAACAACCUAUCCAGUAAAGCAUGAUAAACACUCUAGGAGUCAAAGAGUAUUUUGGAAUGACUUGUAGGACACGGGGGCUAUGUUAAUGUAAGCUAACUGGGGCGCAAGGAAUCAUGUUAUUCAGAGGUUCAAAAUCUGGGCUUAACUUCAUUAUGAAUAUAUGUUUCUAGACAUUGUUUGACUCAAAGAAUGAUAUUAAAUUUUCUAUUUAAAAAGCUUGGAUCAUGUAUAUCUUUUUUUUAAACUGACAAUAUUUUUCUCCCCUUCUUCCCUGUCUCCCGCAAGUUUUCCCUCUAUCCCACCAUAUUUUCCCACUAGCUUUCAUGUAUUUUCAAGGAUAUUACUUCAAUUUUUGUAACUAUUGGCAUUCCAUGAUGUGAAGACUUUGCAAUCUACUUUUUUUUAUACUAUGUUUUAUUGUGUUAAGUCUGUAAUAAACUUGAGUAUCUGAAAGCUAAA